AUGGAAUGGGGAAACCACACCAUUCUGGUGGAGUUCUUUCUGAAGGGGCUUUCUGGUUACCCAAGGCUUUCGCUACUCUUUUUCGUGCUCAUCCUAGGGAUGUAUGUGGUCAUCCUUCUGGGCAAUGGAACCCUCAUCUUAAUCAGCGUUCUGGACUCUCACCUUCACACCCCUAUGUACUUCUUCCUGGGGAACCUCUCCUUCUUGGACAUCUGCUACACCACCACUUCCAUUCCCCCCACGCUGGUGCGAUUCCUGUCAGAAAGAAAGACCAUUUCCUUCUCUGGCUGUGUGGUGCAGAUGUUCCUUGGCUUGGCCAUGGGGACAACGGAAUGUGUGCUCCUGGGCAUGAUGGCCUUUGACCGCUAUGUGGCUAUCUGCAACCCUCUGAGAUAUCCUGUCAUCGUGAGCAAGGAUUCCUAUGUGACCAUGGCAGCUGGGUCAUGGUUUGCAGGGGCUGUAAACUCUGCAGUACAAACUGCGUUUGUGGUAAAAUUGCCUUUCUGCAGGAAUAAUGUCAUCCAUCAUUUCUCCUGUGAAAUUCUGGCUGUCAUGAAAUUGGCCUGUGCAGACAUCUCAGGCAAUGAGGUCAUCAUGCUCGUGGCCACGACAUUGUUCACAUUGAUGCCACUGCUCUUGAUUGUCAUUUCUUACUCAUUUAUCAUUUCCAGCAUCCUCAAGAUCCACUCCUCUGAGGGGAGAAGCAAAGCCUUCUCUACCUGCUCAUCCCAUCUGACUGUGGUGAUCAUAUUCUAUGGGGCUAUUCUGUUUAUGUACAUGAAGCCCAAGUCUACAGAGACACUUAAUUCAGAUGACUUGGAUGCUACUGACAAACUCAUAUCCAUGUUCUAUGGGGUGAUGACUCCCAUGAUGAAUCCUUUAAUCUAUAGUCUUAGGAACAAGGAUGUGAAAGAGGCAGUGAAACACCUAUUGAACAGAAGGUUCCUUAGCAAGUGA